AAAAAAAUGGAACAAGCAGUUCACCUUAUCUUUUUAUUUUAUCUUAUACAAUAAACUGACAACCUUUUUGGUUAUAAAAGUUCCUAAUCUCUUCUUUUUAUCUUUUAUUUUACUUUAUACUUCACAGUUUGAUCAACUUUACAAGAUCUGGUGGUCACUCCAAGCACUUAAACCUAUAAAAUCUCAAGGAAACUUUCUAUAUUAACAACUCUUACAACUCUAAAGGAAAAUAACAAUAUAAAAAGCGUACCGUACCGUAGUUUUUUUUUUUUUUUAAUCAUUCUUUUUUCUUCAUCUUCCUAUGACUGAAUCUAACAUUUUAACGGAUUACGCUCAUCUUGAAACAAGCAACAAUUUCUUUGAAGGUAAGUCAAAUGUAUUGUGCAAUUAUAAAUGUUUUCUCUCACACACACAAUAGUGAUUUAGAAGAAUCAGAACAUAACGUUACUGAUUACUCACUACCGAAAGAACAUGUUCCUGGAAGUGACCUAAUAAGCAAGGCAGUACUAGUUGAUACCAGAAUUAUCAAUAUUACCAGUAAAAAUUUGGUUAACGCCCCAGAAGAUCAAUAUACCGCUGCACCAAAUGAAUUCUUGAACAAAUGUGCUUGCGAUGUUCUAUAUCUUCCCAAAGCCAUCGACAGUGAAUAUCCUCCAAUAAUGAUAGAGGUUCAAAAGGAUGUUAAUGAAAAGUAUAUGUAUCGUGCAGUAAAAUAUUCUACUUUGGUAUAUAAAAGAUAUGAAAAAUAUCCAGUUGUUUUAAUAGUUGGUGUAUCCUGAGAUAAUUUGAGGUGGAUUUAUGUUAUAAAAGACAAAAGACAGGGACAAA